AUGGCCGAGGUAACUCCGAGUAGUUCCGCACAUGGGAGAGAUGUCAUUGAUCAAGGGCUACUUACCAUAGGUGCUGCCAAUAUGCUAUUAAAUGAAUUCCGAGCGACACUCAUGCCACACUGCCCGUUCGUGAUAAUCUCAGCGCAGACGACCGCCGAAACACUGCGAAGAGACAAGCCGUUUCUUCUUCUUACAAUCCUCACGGCUGCUUUGCAUGACAACAUGCCUCUGCAACGUAAACUGGAGAAGCAGGUAAAGAAGGUGAUCAGUGACUGCAUGAUAUUUGAUAGCCCGGUUUCAUUCGAGAUCCUUCAGGGACUUUUGGUUCAUCUUGCAUGUAUCACUCUAGACCGCGUCGGUUUUCCCAAUAUCUACAUCUUGGAAUCAGUCUCAUCACUGAUCUACAACUCGACCGCCCCCCUGAACAUCGAUUCUGGAGAACUAGAGUGGAUUUUAAUAGUGAACUGGACAGACAGUCCGUCUCCUGGGGACGGGAAGAAAAAAGAGUUGUUCUCGGAUUUUUCUAUCUAUCAUCUUCGCAAGUAUCUCCACAUCUUCGCACAACGGAUGUUUGAGUUAACAUCUCUGGUGUCUUCUAGGGUCUCACAGAUAUUACAAAAGGGAUCUUCCUUCCCAUACUUGCCAUAUUUCGAGAGUAUCUGCAAGUUAUUGGCCGCAGAUGUAGAGCAUCCGUCAGAUAAAUAUCUCCUCCAUAUUGUGCAGCUCCAACAACUUUCCGAGAAAAUCACCCUGGUUUCAUCGCAGCAUGUUCCAGAAACCCACAACACCCCAUUUAGACUUGAGCAUUAUUAUCGCGAGUUGAAAUCUGAACUUGAUUUAUACAGCGCCAAUUUACCAUUUCUCUUGUGUGAAAGCCAGACUCUCUUCAUGCAAUUUCACACUGUCCAGUUGUAUCUAUGCCAGGUCACGCUUUUCGACCACAAGCCCGGCGCGCAACCCCCACGUCAUGAGCUAUCCUUCCAGAUUGAAGCGUUGCGCAUGGGACUCAGCGCAGCCAAGACCUUACUCCACUUCUACAUGUGUCUACCCUUAGGCGACGACGCUAAAUUCCACAAUGUGGGAUGGGUUCAACUUGGGUUCGCAGUCACACUUGCAUGUAAGCUAGUGGUAGCAGCAUCAGAGCCUUCGAUCCAUCCCCACACGGUCGAUUUGUGUUGUGCGCUGGAUAUCUCUAACACAAUGAAACAAUGUAUCAUUCGUAUCCAGGCGCUCAUCACGUCAUAUAUGGAUGAAUCUGGAGACAGGGAUGUAUUCUUUCACUAUGAAAAACGGUUGAAACGUGUCCAAUGGUGGUUUGAAAGUCGCAUAAUAUCCGGACCCAGUACUGAUCAUUCCUAUCACGAUGUGCAACUGGCGGAAGGGAUUGAUUCAUCCGCCGGAGACGCAAGCCAUGGUGUUGAUGCUCUGCAGCCAACAUUGAACGGUUUAAACAGCCAUUUCCAGUGGCUAGACUUCUUCCCAGACACGGCAGUUGACGAGAUGUAUGUUGACUGGAUGGCACACCCAACGACAUCAUUUGACCAGCAGCGCUUGGGUUAG